CGAGUCGAGUAUGGUUGCCAUGGUUUCAGAAAACAAUAUGGCCGCUCCCAGCUGGGAAGUGAGUCUUUGGGUUAGAGAGGCAGAGGAGGAUCUGCGCUGCGGCAGUGGCGAUAGAGGAAGCUCUUGAGGGGUCGUGAGGUUGGGCCUGGACGCUGCACAGCUGGAACGGCCUGACCUUUCUGAGGGCGCCAAUGGCGGGCAGCGUGGACGAGGAAGCGCUGCACCAACUGUACCUGUGGGUAGACAACAUCCCUCUGUCCCGGCCCAAGCGAAAUCUCUCCCGGGACUUCAGUGACGGAGUCCUGGUCGCAGAAGUCAUCAAGUUUUACUUCCCCAAGAUGGUGGAGAUGCACAAUUAUGUUCCUGCUAACUCUCUCCAGCAGAAGCUGAGCAACUGGGGUCACCUGAACAGGAAGGUGCUGAACAAGUUGAGCUUCUCUGUACCGGAUGACGUGAUGCGCAAGAUCGCACAGUGUGCCCCAGGCGUGGUGGAGCUGGUGCUCAUUCCACUGAGGCAGUGCCUGGAGGAGCAGCAGAGGCGCAGGAAGCAGGGCUCCAGCUCCUUACAGGAGCUGGCUCCCCAGGAUGGCACUGACUACAUGGAUGUGGGUUUGUCCCAGAAGGCCCGAGGGGAAGGUGCUCCAGACCCCCAGGGAGGGGGGCAGCUCAGGGUGGGCCGGCUGCCUGUGCCCCGGCCUCUGGGGUAUAGCCAGGCGCUGCAGGGCGACCGAAGCUUCGUCCUCCAGAUUGCUGAAAAGGAGCAGGAGCUGUUGGCCUCGCAGGAGACUGUGCAGGUCCUGCAGAUGAAGGUGAGACGCUUGGAGCACCUGCUCCAGCUCAAGAACGUGCGCAUCGAAGACCUCUCCCGGCGGCUCCAGCAGGCGGAGCGUAAGCAGCGGUGAGCCAGCUGCUCCAAUGAGCCUCCUGGGACAAGAGCGCCUCCCCUCUCUUGGGGUGUGAGUGAGCAUGGGGGGCGGUGGGACAGGAACCCUCCAAGCUGAGCCCCGUGACUGAGCCACCUCCUUCCACUCCAUCCGGGUCAGGAGAAUGGACUGCUUUCCAGAACCUAGAAGCCACAUGCAGAGACCUGGCAUGCACCCCAAAGCAGUGCCUGACACCAGAGGGGGUUCUGCCUUGGUGCUCCCUGUGCUGGGCCUUGGGGGGGUGGUCCCCCAGCUCGGUCCGCACCUCUAGAACCUGCUCCCUGCCCAGCUCUGAUGACAGCAGCGUCUCCAUCCAGGCUAGUCCUCUGUACCCUGGGCCAAAGGGGAAGCUGCCCUAGACAGCUGAGGGGCUUCCUUGCCCCUCCUGGGCACUCACCUGGGACCCAACUGGAGGCUGGAAAGUGCAACAGCUGAAGAGAAAGGGGUGAGUGAGCUCAGCCAGGAGUGGGGAAGACAUGGGCUGUGCCUGUUCCAAUUGCCCUCCCCUCACACGGGGUAUGUUAAGAAUGUCUGGGUUGCCCCCAUUAAAGGUAUGCUCUCCUUCCUG